AUGUCUGGUGGUAAAGGAAAGUCACAUGGGGGCAAGGCCGGGCCUAAAGGUGGAGAUGCAUCUAGACAGCAGGUCUCUCAUUCUGCAAAAGCGGGGUUGCAGUUCCCUUGUGGUCGUGUCAAGCGUUUCCUCAAAAACAACACCCAGAACAAGAUGCGCGUCGGAGCUAAAGCUGCUGUCUACGUCACUGCGGUUCUGGAAUAUCUCACUGCCGAAGUUCUCGAGCUCGCUGGAAAUGCUGCCAAAGACUUGAAGGUCAAGCGUAUAACCCCACGCCAUCUACAACUCGCAAUUCGUGGAGACGAAGAGCUCGAUACCCUCAUCCGCGCGACAAUCGCCUUCGGGGGUGUUCUACCACACAUCAAUCGUGCUCUACUGUUGAAGGUGGAAAAGAAGAAGAAGGCUGGCGAGAAAACUGGUUUGUAA